AAGAGGGAAAUAGCUUGAAAUAAGGCACGAUGACCAAGGUUCUUCUCACAGGUGGCUCAGGCUUCAUUGCCGCCCACAUCCUCGAACAACUCCUCGUCAAGAACCACACCGUCAUCACCACCGUCCGCACCGAGGAAAAGGCCCAGAAGAUCCGCGCCGCCCAUCCAGACAGCAUCCAGCAGGGCCGCCUCACCGUCGUAACCGUCGGGGACAUUGCCCAGCCCACCGCCUUUGACGAGGUCAUCGCCGCCAACGCAGACGGGCUCGAGGUCGUCCUGCACACUGCCAGCCCCUUUCACUUUAAGUGGACGGACGCUCAGACGGAGCUCAUCGAUCCGGCCCUCAAUGGCACACGAGGUAUCCUCGAGGCCAUCCACCGCUCCGCGCCGUCUGUGAAGCGCGUCGUCAUCACAUCGUCUUUCGCAGCUGUCCUUUCCGAGGAGAGGCUCUUCGAUCCCGCCACUACCUUCACCGAGGACUCGUGGAACCCAGAUGGCGUCGCUGAUGCAGGCCGCUCGCCCCCCACUGCCUACCGCGUCUCUAAGACGGCCGCCGAGCGCCUCGCAUGGGACUUUGUCGCUCGCGAGAAGACCUCUUUCGACCUCGUUACUGUGAACCCACCUGUUGUCUUUGGACCCGUGGCUCAUAGCCUGGCCUCGCUCGACUCGAUUAACACGUCUAAUGAGCGCAUCGUCGCACUUCUGCGUGGCGAAUGGAAGACCCGAAUCGGCGACACUGGCCCCGUCGGCUUGUGGAUCGACGUGCGUGACGCUGCUGCCGCCCACAUCAAGGCCUUUGAGAUCCCCGAAGCCGGAGGCCGUCGUCUCUUCACCGUCGGAGGCAGGACGUCCAACCAGGAGGUUGCCAGGAUCGUCCGCGAGGGUUUCCCCGAGUACGCCGACAGACUGCCCGGCCCGGAAGUGCCAGGCGGAGAGCCUGCGGAUGAGAACAAGACGUUCAAGUAUAACAACGAUGCGACGUACAAGUUGCUGGGGAUUGAGUGGAUUUCUAUUGAGAAGAGCGUGUCUGACACUGUCCGUUCACUCAAGGCCCACGGCAUCUAGAUUGGUCUACUAGAUAGUGUAUGUAUAUAAAAAAGCAGUGACAAGCAAUUAAUAAAACAAAACAUUUUAGAUU